GUUACUAGAAGUUUGUUAUUCUUAGGAACUAUGAAAUAUACGUAUAAUUGUACAGCACAUGCUAAAUUACAAUAUUUUGAUAUGUUUUGGAAAGUGAUGAGAGAUGAUCAUUUUUGUUUUCCAAGUUGCAUUUUACUCGUCGAAAUUGUGUAGAAAAUGAAAGUAAAUGUAAAGCGUGUGUAAGGAGAAGUCGAUAUUUUAACUUAGUUUUAUGAGAACAGAGUUUUAUCGCUUAUUAAAUACUCAAAACACGUCUAACCUAAAAAUGGCGGAAAAUCAGGAAGUAACAGAAAAGAAAGUUAAACCAUUGUUUCGUAAUUUAACAGCGGACGAUCCGGAGCCAGAAGUGACUGAAAUUGAAAGUCUGUGUGUCAGUUGCGGGAAAAAUGGAAUCACUAGAUUACUGUUAACGAAAAUUCCACACUAUAAAGAUGUUGUAGUAAUGUCCUUUGAUUGCGAGCAUUGUGGCUAUCAGAAUAACGAGAUACAAAAUAGUGGAAAGAUUCAGGACAAGGGCAUUAGAAUAACAUUAGAAGUUACUACAGUUAGGGACUUGAAUCGCCAAGUCGUUAAAUCUGAUUAUACCAGUGUGAAGAUUCCAUGUUUGGAUUUUGAAAUUCCAUGUAGAUCACAGAAAGGAGAAAUUACAACGAUUGAAGGCAUAAUGCAAAGAACCAUUGAAGGAUUGGAGCAAGACCAACCUGAUAGAAGAGAACAAUAUCCAGAUUCAGCUGCUCAGAUUGAUCUAUUCCUCGAUAAGAUAAGAAAGCUUAAAGCAUUGGAUGAACCCUUUACUAUUAUAUUUGAAGACAUAUCAGGAGAAUCUCACGUAGAGAAUCCAAAAGCACCUUUGAAGGAUGAUCAUUGCAUUAUAACAAGAUUUAAGAGAACACCAGAACAAGAUCACAUUCUAGGUAUUUAUACUGAAAAUUCGGAAGAUGUCCUAUUGAAACCUAUAAAAGAAGGAGAAUACACGUUAGAAGAAAUCGAAGGUGAAGUUUUCUCGUUCAGAACGAAUUGCCCAGAAUGCAAUUGCCCAUGUGAUACUAAUAUGAAAAUGACCAAUAUUCCACACUUUAAAGAGGUGGUAAUUAUGGCAACAGUAUGCGAGUCCUGUGGCCACAGAACAAAUGAAGUUAAGAGUGGUGGAGGUAUUGAACCCCAAGGAGUAAAAAUAGAAGUUACUGUUACAGGGAGAGACGACUUUAGUCGCGACUUAUUGAAAUCAGAAACUUGUUACAUGCAAGUACCGGAAUUAGAAUUGGAAAUUGGGCCUGCUUCUUUAGGUGGGCGAUUUACUACCGUUGAAGGUAUUUUAGUAGCAGUCAAAGAACAAUUAUCUACCUCAACGGCGAUUACUGGUGAUAGUACUGACUCCGAAACAGUAGCAAAAAUGGAAACAUUCAUAUCUCACUUGGAUGAGGUAUUAGCAGGAAAACGAAAAAUAACAUUGAUAUUAGACGAUCCAGCAGGUAAUAGUUAUAUACAGAGUCUAUCAGAUGAUGGGCUUGACUCUCGCCUAAAGAUUACCAAAUAUGAAAGAAGUUUUGAACAAAAUGAUGAACUAGGCCUGAAUGAUAUGAAAGUUGAGAACUAUUGAUUAUUUACAAAGAAGAUUUGUAUGUGAUUAUCAAUGAUGUCAAUAUGAUGUAUUAUAAUUGAAGAAAAAAAAUGUAUUAUAAAGUUAUGUAAAUAAUACACGUUGCGCAAUCUCA